CGAAGAAGGAUGACAGGGCGGCUUUUCAGCGACGCAUUACGGCUACUAUAGUUACCAUCCAAUGUUAACGACACAGAAUCGUGAAAGUGUAUUUAGCGAUUUCGCGUUAAUAUUCACGGAAAAUGGAGUUACCAGUUACAUACUGUUUAUGUGGCCGUUCUUACGAUUUCGAACAAUUUAUGAUACAAUGUGACGUUUGUAAAGAGUGGUAUCAUGGAGGAUGUGUUUCUAUAAAGGAGUAUAUGUCCAUAGAUCUCGACAAAUACCAUUGUCCUCGUUGUGAAGCAAUGUGCGGACCGUCGCUUAUGAAAGCAAGAUUGAACUGGCAUAGACAUGAUUAUUCUGAAACUGAUGCAGACACAAAGCCAGUUCAAACUGGCACGCCAGUAUUUAUAAGAGAAUUAAAAUCUAGACAUUUUCCAAAAGCUGAUGAAGUUGUUAAAUAUGUGAGAGGACAACAAUUGACUCUGCAACAUUUACAAGCCAAUGGCUUUGAAAAUCCUAUUAUAAUUGAUGGGAAGGAUGGACUCGACAUGAUUGUUCCACCACCAAACUUCAGUGUUUAUGACGUCGAAAGUUACAUAGGCGGAGAUCGUGAUAUGGAUGUAAUCGAUGUUACAAGACAAAGUAAUAUCAGAAUGAAAUUAAGAGACUUUGUUGAAUAUUACAAUUCCCCUUGCAGGACAAGGGUUCUUAAUGUGAUUAGUCUUGAAUUUACAAAUACUGGUCUUUCUCCAAUGAUCGAGGCACCAUACAUCGCGCGUAAACUCGACUGGGUUAAUUCUGUUUGGCCGCGUGAUUGGCCCGAGGACAAUGACAUAAAACGCCCCGAAGUACAAAAGUAUUGUCUAAUGGGUGUCAAAGACAGUUUCACAGAUUUUCACAUUGAUUUCGGUGGUACAUCUGUGUGGUAUCACGUGCUGCGCGGAGAAAAAGUGUUUUAUCUAAUUAGGCCUACGCCCGCAAAUUUACAACUUUAUCAGCAUUGGAUGUGUAGUUCAACACAGAGUGAAACUUUCUUUGGAGAUCAAGCCGACGCGUGUUACAAAUGCGUUAUAAAACAAGGUCAGACCAUGAUGAUUCCAACAGGAUGGAUACACGCUGUAUUAACUCCAGUUGAUUCUUUGGUUUUUGGUGGAAAUUUUGUACAUAGUCUUAACAUUCCGAUGCAAAUACAAAUAUACGAAUUGGAAAAAAAAAUGAAGACGCCUGCCAAAUUUCAAUAUCCUGGCUUUGAGACAAUCAAUUGGUUUGCUGCAAAAAAGUUAUUGAAAGAAUUAAAAGAAUUGAAUAACGAAGGAAAGAAAUGUCCAGCAUAUCUUUUACAGGGUGUUAAAGCGUUACUCAGUAUUCUGAAACAGUGGAACACAGAUAAGGAUUAUAAUAUGACUAGUAGAAGUCAAAUACCGGAAACCAUAAAUAGUCAGAAAUUAUUGAAAGAUUUCAGUAAGGAAAUUCGACAUGCCGAGCGAUAUUUAAUAUCUUUAAAUCCUCCGAAACCAGAACGAGAAAGUAAACGCAAGAAAAAGAAACCGUUGAAUAAAGAUUUUGUAGAUUAUGAUGUCGCCGAUAGAAUGGCUGAUAAUCCGUUUAAAGCAACAUUAAAAGAAACAAAUAAAGCGAAUUCUACAAUCGCAGAAUCACCGUCAUCUGGCAGACCACCGUUAAAACUCACAUUACCAAAACCCAUUAUGUAUUCGUACGUCAAAACUCAAAGUCCAACGUUGGAAGAAAAAAAUACUUCUCCUGUUAAUAACAAACGAUCGUCGAAACCGGGAAAACAAAGCCCAACCGUAAUUAGAUUCAAGCUUGGCAAUAAUGAGGUCGUCAGGAGUACACAUGAUGACAUAAAUACAUAUAAUAAUUUAACUUCCGACCAUCCUCUUGGGGCGUCAAAAGAAUUAACCUGGAAGCAAACGUCUAUAUAUGAUUUUCACGACGGCAGCAGUGAGAGCGACUAUGGUCGAUUCACUAUCGAUGAAUCACCAAAACGAAAGAGAACACCUAAGACUAGCGCGCAAAAGCGAUUAAAACGGGAUUACGAUGGGGAUGUAGAUGUUUUAAACGAUGUACCAAAAAAUGGAAUCGAAGAAUUACUGAAAGCCUCGGCUUAUACUUUGGGAAAUGGUGCUCAAAGAUUAGAUGUAACGACUCCAAUGAUACCACAAUAUAGUCAACCUAUGCCACCACCUACUGGUAUUUAUAAAUUGAAAACAACCAGUUCUGGUAGGGCAUCUCCAUCGACACGAGAAGCAAUUGCUGGGAUGUUAUCCUUCAGUGAACAAUGUUACUCGACUACAUCCAAUAGUACAUCUAAAUCUACAAAAAUUACUAAAGUUCACAGUGAGGAUGACGAUCAAUCGAUAGAAAACAUCGAUAAAGUUCAUCAGGAUGAUGAUUUCAUUUAUCCGGCUUUAGACGCUUCGGACGACGAAGAUUAUAUCUUUAAGCCUAAAGCAAAGAGUCAAAUAGACGAGGCAUGGAAUCCAAAAGCUAGAGUAGGACCUCUUUUGCCAAAAACGAACCGUCCAGCUCGAGAAGGUGUCAAGAAAACAUCUGUUGAAAAAGGACUUGAAGCAGCGGCAGCAAAACGUGCAAAACAAUCAGACGAUUAUCUGGAUAACAACAUGGAUAAGGGCUCCAAGAAGAAAUUGAGUUCAACUAAGCGGACAUAUAAUAAAAAGAAGCAAAAAAAUUCAUCUGUGACUUCAGCAACUGGUACGUCGACCACAUCAUCGGAAAAUACAACAAAAACUAGCAUCGGUUUUGGAUCGAUAUUAACUAGUCCUAACAGACUCAAGGAUGUUAAAGCGAAACUAGCCGCUCCAGUUCCAGUUGAACGAAAACCAAAGAAAGGCAUGAAAACGGCUAAACAACGCUUAGGAAAAAUUUUGAAACUUCAUAAAAUGAUGCACUAAGUUAACAAAAAGAAUUAAGCGUAAUGAACAAUACAUCACAUCAUUCUUUCUAGUUUGUACAAACUAUGUAGUAGGUGUACAUUGCUAUGUAAAUAUGUUAAAAUCAUUAAGAUAGCAUAUCUAUCUUAAAAAUCUAAUUUUUAAAAUUCGAUCGUUUUUUUAACGAAAUAUUUAUAUUUAUUAUUGCAGUAUUUAAUUUUAAGGUGAUAUACAUACAGAGUGUCUUAUUUUAACUCAUCCAUGUAACUAUUUAUUCGAGAAAAUGAUUGAGAUUUUAAAAUCGUACAAAAGACAAGGAAAGACAGAAAUUCUUGUGUUCAUAUUGUCCUUGUCCUUUAUACAGGGUGUUUCGUAACUUGUGGGAUCUACUCCAGGAGCUGAUUGUACCUAAAAAUAAUGAAAAAAAGCCAUAUAAAUAUAUAUACUAUCUGUCUUCGUUUAUA